CGGCCCCACCUGGGCUCGGCCGCCCGGCACGCGCCCGGGGCCCCGCAGCCGCGGACCCCUGAGGCGGACGGCAGGACGCCGGGCCUUCCCCAGGACCCGGACGGCUGCGCGUUGGUGCCGACCACCCAGGCCAUCCCUCUGCAGGUGGACAUGGCCAUGGCCCUGCAGCGCGUGCGGAUUUCCGAAAAGUACGGCAAGAGCUACCUCUGCCUGCUGCAGGCGGUCUUCGUCGCAGAAACCGAGGUGCUCCUCCGUGUAAAGGACAUCAGCCAUUUCUUAAUGCAAGACAUCGCCUUCCUGUCUGGUGGCCGGGGAAAGGACAAUGCUUGGAUCAUUACGUUUCCAGAAAAUUGUAAUUUCAGAUGCAUACCAGAAGAAGUGAUAGCAAAAGUGCUGACUUACCUGACGUCUAUUGCGAGGCAAAAUGGAUCUGACUCCCGAUUUACUGUUAUUCUUGAUCGAAGGUUGGAUACCUGGUCUUCUCUCAAAAUCUCUCUCCAAAAAAUCUCAGCUUCCUUCCCUGGGAACUUGCACUUGGUUUUAGUGCUCCGUCCUACCAGUUUUCUCCAGCGAACUUUCACAGACAUUGGAUUUCGAUUUAGUCAGGAAGAUUUCAUGCUUAAAUUACCGGUGGUUAUGCUGAGCUCAGUUAGUGAUUUGCUGACUUACAUUGACGACAAGCAGUUAACCCCUGAGUUAGGAGGCACCUUGCAGUACUGCCACAGUGAAUGGAUCAUCUUCAGAAAUGCUAUAGAAAAUUUUGCCCUCACAGUGAAAGACAUGGCUCAGAUGUUACAGUCCUUUGGAACUGAACUGGCUGAGACAGAACUACCAGAUGAUAUUCCUUCAAUAGAAGAAAUUCUCGCAGUUCGCGCUGAAAGGUACCACCUGUUAAAGAAUGAUAUUACAGCUGUGACCAAAGAAGGGAAAAUUCUGCUAACAAAUCUGGAAGUGCCUGAUGCCGAGGAUGCUGUGAGUUCAAGACCUGAACAUCAUCAACACAUUAGUGGCGACUGGCAGACUAUUAAUAAAUUGCUGACUCAAGUACAUGAUAUGGAAAUAGCUUUUGAUGGAUUUUGGGAGAAACACCAACUAAAAAUGGAGCAGUACCUGCAACUCUGGAAGUUUGAGCAGGAUUUUCAAGAGCUUGUGAGUGAAGUUGAACUUCUAUUAAACCAACAAGCAGAGUUGGCUGAUGUAACAGGGAAUAUAGCUCAAGUAAAACAAAAAAUUAAAAAGCUGGAAAACUUAGACGAAAAUUCUCAGGACCUGUUAGCCAAGGCCCGAUUUGUGAUAAUACAUGGACACAGGCUCGCGGCAAGUCACCAUUACGCCCUGGAUUUGAUCUGCCAGAGGUGCAACGAGCUCCGUUACCUUUCCGAUAUCUUGGUGAACGAGAUCAAAGCCAAACGAGUACAGCUCAGCCGGACCUUCAAAAUGCAUAAACUCCUACAGCAGGCUCGCCAGUGCUGUGAUGAAGGAGAGUGCCUUCUAGCUAAUCAGGAAAUAGAUAAGUUUCAGUCUAAAGAAGAUGCUCAGAAAGCCCUGCAGGACAUCGAAAAUUUCCUCGAAAUGGCUCUACCCUUUAUAAAUUAUGAUCCUGAAACCCUACAGUAUGAAUUUGAUGUAAUUCUAUCUCCUGAACUCAAGGCUCAAAUGCAGACCAUACAACUGAAGCUUGAGAACAUCCGAAGUAUAUUUGAGACCCAACAAGCUGGUUUCAGAAACCUGGCAGAUAAGCGUGGGAAGCCAGUUCCAUUCGUAGUCCCUGCUUCGGACAGUUUGAUCAGAUCUAGAGCACCAUUUUUUUCAUCUAAACAAGUGGGAGUUGGAUACUCUUUCUUUCAAGCAUGUAAACUUUUUUCAAAAGGGAAGAAGACUUGGAGACAAAAUCAGAGCAACUUAAAAAUUGAAGUGGUGCAUGAUUGUCGGGAGAAGCGAGCUUCUGCUCAGUCCUCCAGUUUGGACAAUGACAAUAGCUUGGAUGUUUUAAAGAACCAUGUCCUAAAUGAGCUGGUACAGACAGAGAGGGUGUAUGUUCGGGAACUGUUUACUGUUUUGUUGGGCUAUAGAGCGGAGAUGGAUAAUCCAGAGAUGUUUGAUCUUAUGCCACCUCUCCUGAGAAAUAAAAAGGAUGUUCUCUUUGGAAAUAUGGCAGAAAUAUAUGAAUUCCAUAACAACAUUUUCAUGAGCAGUCUGGAAAAUUGCGUUGAUGCUCCGGAAAGAGUGGGACUUUGCUUCCUGGAAAGGAAAGAUGAUUUUCAAAUGUAUGCGAAAUAUUGUCAGAACAAGCCCAGAUCAGAGGGAAUCUGGAAGAAGUAUUCAGAUUGCGCCUUUUUCCAGGAAUGUCAAAGAAAAUUAAAACACAGACUUGGUCUAGAUUCCUAUUUACUGAAACCAGUGCAACGGAUCACAAAAUAUCAGCUACUGUUGAAGGAGCUAUUAAAAUAUAGCAAAGACUGCGAAGGAUCUGUCCAAUUAAAGGAGGCACUUGACACGAUGCUGGAUUUACUGAAGUCGGUUAAUGACUCUAUGCAUCAGAUUGCAAUAAAUGGUUAUAUUGGAAAUUUAAAUGAGUUGGGCAAGAUGAUAACGCAGGGUGCAUUCAGCGUCUGGAUCGGGCACAAGAAAGGUGCUACAAAAAUGAAGGAUUUUGCUAGAUUCAAGCCAAUGCAGCGGCACCUUUUCUUGUAUGAAAAAGCCAUUGUUUUUUGCAAAAGGCGUGUCGAAAGUGGAGAGGGCUCCGAUAGAUACCCAUCAUACAGUUUUAAGCACUGUUUGAAAAUGGACGAAGUUGGAAUCACCGAGUAUGUGAAAGGCGAUAACCGCAAGUUUGAAAUCUGGUAUGCCGGCAAGGAAGAAGUUUAUAUUGUCCAGGCUUCAAACAUAGACGUGAAGAUGACAUGGUUAAAAGAAAUCAGAAGUAUUUUGUUGAAGCAACAGGAACUUAUGACCGUUCAGAAGCGAGAACAAUAUAAUCAGUUAACAGAACAGAAUCAUCUUUCUUCUCAGCGCAGUGAUGAAAGGCACCAGGGAGCUUUUAUGGGCGCUGAGGAAGCUGACUUGGAACAUACCAGUGCCAUGGUGGAGGUUGGUGAGGCCAUUGCCUCCGUUCGGGCAGAAGCAAAUACAGGUAUGUGUGCUGAAGUUUGGACCGAGAUGUCUUCACCUGCAGAGAUCUCUGAGGAGCCUGAGGAAUGGUCAAGUCACUAUUUCUACCCUUCUUACGAUGACAAUGAGGAAGAGGAGAGGCCUCUAAUGUCUCCAGGCACAUAUAAAGCCCUAGCAGAUUGCAGGAAGAGAGGCUCGGAAGACCUCCUGAUUAGACAUGGAGAUGUCAUUCAGCUUCUCCAUGAGGAUGCUGAAGGUCAAUGGUUGGUGAAAAAUCUAAACAGAAGAAAAGAAGGUCUGAUUCCAGGGAACAGUUUGCAGAUUUUAAUCGGUGACUAUAGGUUUCGGAAUGCCAGAGUUACAGAUGCUGCUCUGAGUCACACAAGGAAAUUCCCCUGGAAUUAAAGGAGAAUGGGUAGACUUUAAAAAAUUAGAUUUCCUUUGGAGACGUGCACUCGAUUAUAGUUCUUAAAAGUGUUGCAGAUAAACAGCACAAGAGUCAGGAGGAUCCUGUGCUGCCCUUGACAUUCGCAGAAUUUCCUCAGGCCCAAGGUGGACUUUGUCAUUCAGUUUGUCUCCUUCUUGCAAGAAGCCAUCUUCACACCUUGCAUCCCCCCAGGUGAAAAAUGCAAUGUUAUUUUGUUUCCAAGUAGGGUUUUUCAUGGCAUGCCUUCAGAUUUCAUCUAAAAACCAGAAAUCUAUUAUUCUGAACAUUUACAGGCAAAAAGCUUUACCUGUAAUUGGGGGGAGGGUAAACAAAACAAAACUCCAAAGAGAGUAGAAAGAUCGUCAGAGAUUUUAAACCUCUUUGGUAAUUGAUAGUUUAUUUUAUUAUUUAAUUCUUUUCUCUACGUGACUAUGAUCUACCAAAGGGAUAUGUUCUGAAGGACCUCUUUUGCACUUUGACUGGUAUUUAGGGGUGUCAGAGCUGUCUUGAUGGUUCUAAAAAGAUCCAAAACUAAAAAUCCUGCAGUUAGGAUGUGUUGAAGUUUACAUUUUAUGCAUUGAAAUUUACAUAAUCACAGCUUUAAGUUAAAUAGUCAUAUUUGCACAAGAGGUGGUCCUGUAACACAGCUCUGCUUUCCAGUGUCUUUACUUGCUUUCGACUUUUCUAGAAAAAUCUAUACUAGUGCAGGUUUUCUUAAGUUAUAUUGUGUUUCUUCCUACAGUUUUUCUUUGAUAAAACAUGUGUAGAUGUCCCUCUUUUAAAUAUGUAAACAGUGUGAUCACUUGUUUUAAAGCACAGGCCCAGUUGUUGCAUGCAGUGUUGAACUUAGGCUUGGAGUGUUUUAUGUUAUGGGCCACCGAAGACAAUGGUUUGAAAUUGCUGCCUUCUGAAUCGUGGAUCGUGAGUUUUACUAUCAAGUUGCCCUCUUAGGCGUAUGGUUUUUGAUGAUUGGUUUUAAAUAAACAACACAAGAACUAUAUAAUACAUAAAUUAUUUGUUUUUCAGUAGGUUUGUGUAUCAUGUAAAGAUCAUAGUUUAUUUCAGUGGUAUCAUUUGAUGUAACAAUUUGUAUGACAAACCAACUGUAUUUUAUUCAAAGGUACCUGUAAAUUAUAAAUCUUCUAAUGUCCAAUUGCUGGAAUUUGUGACGGUUGAUUUAUAACUAACUCAUGAAAAUCUCCAUAUGUUUGAUAUUUCACUUAAUUAGUGCUUCUGCAAUAAUAACAACAAAAUGAUAUUAAAAUACAUUUGUUUUGUGUGCCGAUCCUGUGGCUAGAAGACAGAAUUAGAAGAUAAAAUUUUUGAAUAACGAGGCCCCUCUGCGCAAAACAUUUUGAUUUCAUAGUAUUAAAGUAGGGAUUUUAAUCAUUGAAGACAAUACUGAGUUCUAUAGAGUCACACAUACAGUGUAGUCUUUUAGUGUUUUAAUCACUGUACAAUGAAUGCCAUAUGUGUACAUGUAUUUGUAUAUGUAAUCGCACUGUUGAUUUUAUUGCGCUUAUAAAUGUGUGUUACUAUGAAACAGCAGCAAUUUCCCUUUAAGUCUUCAAAUUUUAAUUACAUUAUAAAUGUACUUCAAAUGUAAAUGUACUUGCAUUAAUUCCACAUUAAAAAAUCCAACCUUA